AAAAUAAUGAGAAUACCCAGCCAGAACACUUGACGCAAUGGGGAAACGAGUGUCGCAGGGGCCUUCACUCGGCAACGAGUCUCGCAAGCGCCAGAAAGUGGUGCACGAGGUUCCCACAUCUGAGGAGGUUCACUCGGCCAGGCAGCUCGUUCAACUCCUCUUUUGCGACCAGGACCUCAGCAAGGCCAGACAUGGCCUUCAGUCUUUCAAGCUCCUGCUUGAUCACUUGACUAUCCCAGAGACGCCCGAAAGCUCCCAGCACUGGGCAAUCCUCAGACAGUUUCUGGACGCGUCUGCCCCCAGGGACGCACAAGAUCCCGAUGCUGUGUUUGUCCCGGACAUCAUGGCCACAUGGGCUCUUGCGGCGCAAGCUGGGAACGACGAGGUGCUGUCCUCGGUGGCUGUGGUUCUUGCGCUUCUCGUCAAGAUUCUCAGCCAAGUCCUGGAUAUGAGGUCGCACGGGCUUGGAAUUUGCAGAACUCUCCUACAGAGGAAACAGCUUGAACUCGUCGCAAAGAAUCUCUCGGCUGAAAAGUCCAAAAGUUUCAUCAUAUCCCCAACUCUUCGCCUGAUCCGCGAGGCCGUGUCCUUUGACGGCGGGCUCUUGGCCAGCGCAUUCUUUCGCGCUAGGAAAUUCACAUACCACUCGUUUUCGAGAAACAUGCGCAUCAAAUUCCUUGGCGAUGGUGUUGAAGACCGCAAACGAUCUUCGACGAGAACCUGCGCUAUCCGCCUGCUGAUAAGCACGCUCAGAUUCAUCCCCUGGGAAGCCAAGAGAGAACUACUGUACGAGCGAGAUCUUGCCGCAGCUCUGACCAGUUCGAUCAAGGAUGAUCCUCACUAUCUGGUCUUAGAGGUCCUAGAUGGGUUGAAGAGUCACGUACUGCUUGACAAGAAGCUCCCGGUUGAGACCAAGGGUCGGCUGCUCAACUCCACUACGCUGUCGCGCUUUGCAUUGCUCUACUCCUACACUCACUCUGAUAAAGCCCAGUCGCGAGCGAUUGAUGAUGCCGUUCACGAAUUUUUGAUGGCUGCAUGCACGACCCCAGGUGCUGGAGUGCUCAGGUCAGAUUCUGGACUGUAUCCCAAAGGUAUCAACGUGACCGUCGGUCAUAUGCGCGGUUCGACCUUCGAUCACAAUAUCGGCCUGGACCGAAUUGUGUGGAUGGAUAAGUUCGCGGACGAAAUUCCUGUCCACAACAGUACCCUUUCGGAAUUUAUCAAGACUCUUCGCCCCUGGACCAGCACAAAACAAAGUGAACUCAUCGUGAGCAUCCUGCAAGGUGCCCCGGAGCUAAUCGCAGACUACUUUAUGAACAAGAAAGACUUUUCGUUUGAACCCAAACUCUCUGCAACUUGGAUCGGCUACGCUGCGCUUAUUUACAGCACGAUGCAGUUGGAUCUGCCACCGUUUUUUGGACAAAAGGACGAAUACGCCCCAGUACCACCUCCAAUAUCUAUCAUCCUCGACAACAUUCUUCCAUUAACGCUUAAUCAGAAGGUGCUCUGCAAAUGCCUAUCACACGACAUAAAGCUCAUUUCGUUCUUUGCCACUAGGAUCCUCGUGGUUGCUUUGCAGAAACUUGAGGUCGUGCUGAGGAUGAUGAAGGAAGCCUCGCUGACGUCCGGUCCCGUGUGGUCUGAAGCAUCCCGCAGACUUAUGGAGGAAUUCAUGCAGAGAUGUCCUAGCUUAAGCUAUGUGACGACGAAUUUUCGGAGGAUUCCUGAGGAAGACUCCCUGUCGCGCGAGGCGGCCAGUCGCCUUUUGCGUCUCUACUAUCAUAUCGUUCCCCAAAUCGCUCUGUCAGCCAAGUUUGACGUUUCACCCUUACUGGUGAACGCCAUACAAAGACUUGACAGCAACAAAAAUUCAGACCAAAACGAGAUUCUCUCACUGAUGGAACUCGAAAAUCUUGUCGUGAUAGCCAAAUCUUCGCCUGGUAUGCGGUGGUUCGCCAAAGCCGAGCAACUAUCAGUCUCUCCUUUUACUGCAUUAUUGAGAGUCUGUGUCAAUGCGCCCAAGAAUGUCCCUCUUGGACCGCUGGAGGAUGUCUUGACGUUUGUCGCAGAUGAACACGAUAUUUUCCUGCCAGCAUCAGAAGGGUUGAAGCCUUGCCAUCUGUUGAUGGUCUUGAAAACCUUGAAUGAUCGAAUUAACCUAGCGACCGCCGAUGGGUUCUGGGCCUUCCUUGACAACUGCUUACAUCGCUGCUCUGCCUCGCCAAUUCGAUAUCUGGAAUCGGUUCAGGAACUAGCCCCAGACACAAGGACUGGGCCAUUGACAGCCACCAUACACGAGCAACUUCCAUUUGCUGUUGGUUUAGAUUCAACAACAGUUGGCAUAGUCAAGGAUUUCGUCAGCGUCUACACCACCGUCGCACGCAUUCUCAAGGAGAAUAAGCCCUUACUCAAGACUCUCCAGAAAACCAUAGGUGCCCAGUUCGACGACGCUCUUCUCGAGGAUUCAAUCUUCAAAAAGACGCUCAAACAAGAUAAGCGCUCUCAAUUAUCGUUCCAUCACGCUACCGCGGACGACACCAGGGAGUCGAGUUCCGGUACAGUCGGAGAGAUUGAGGACGACGGGCUGAUGCGCUUGAUUUCCGGAUUGGACCCUGCAGAGCCGGACAACUCAGCACUGAUCAAAUGGACAUCCCAGAGUGCGGAUGACAUUGUGGAGGAAGGAUUCGCCACAGCGCUUAUUAGGCUAUUGGUAUCUGAACAUGUUAGCAUAAGGAAAGAAGCCCUUACCAACAUUCUGAAGAUGGCAGAGAAGGUCAAGCACUCAACAUAUGAGGAAAGAGAGCAGGUCUGGUUGCUUUUGGUCGAAUUGGCCGAAACGUGUAGGGAGACGGUUGAUAUGGGACCAGUACCGGGACAUAUUGUCGCAUUUGCGUGCCGGGCACUGGACGUGCUCAAAAAUCCGUUGCAUUGUCUCUAUGAUAAAGUCAACGUUUUCCUCACGCGCGGGCCUCAGUGGACACUUGAUAGGUUUCCUCUCCUGUACGAUGUGCUCCAGGAGGCCCCAAGUCGAGAUGACUCGUACUAUGCGGCGGUGGCAUGGCUUCUGGGCUAUCUGCUGGAAAGCCUUCGAACGCCCGCCGACCUUGCCCUGUUCCAUAAACGGAGGGUGUACGAGCGCAUCUUGUCUCUAGCGAGCAAUGGCUACAUGCGUUCGCCGCUGCGUUCAGUCUUGUUAAAGAUCCUAUACCGCACGACAAGUUUAGAAGGGGGAAGCACCACACUGAUCACCCGGUUUGGGAUCAUCUCUUGGCUGGAGGCACAGCAGUCGCAGCGAUCAUCCAAAGCCGAGUCCGAUAUGCUGAGGGCACUGCAAAAAAGACUCUGGGAGACAUGCGACCGGGGUCGCAUCGAUGAGUGGAGCAGGAAGGGCAUUGGAUUGGUCAUGAGUGAUUAA